UUCAGCUUUCAAAGCACAAUCGGCACCUGGAGGUUUAUGUCAUAUUAGCCGUUCUUUUCCCAGACAAACCCGCUACAAAAGCUCAGCAACAUGCAAAGGAUAAAGUGCUGGUGGUGCCUGGCGGUGCCAUCUUAAAAUCCAUGCUUUCACUUGGAGAAGAAAUUCAAUUGUUUGAAACAUCUGGAUUAGAAAAUGGACCAUACAAUCAAAACAUAGCACAGGGAGGAGUCAUACCUUCUUUAUCCUCACUUUAUCCAACAUUCCUGCCAGUGUGCAGGAAUGUUGGGAGAUGUGAAGCUUCUGCAGGCAGCCUCCCGGAACUAACUGCCAGGCUUUGCAUUGAAAAAUCAUUUGACAUUUUGAAAAAUCAACAUAGCCACAAUGAAACUGUCGAAGCGCUUAAAACCAUCGAGAAAAUGUUGGAGGAAACAAACGUAACAAGCAUCGUUAUGACAAACAUUUUGGCUUUCCAACAAAAGCCCACCAUCCCUUUCAAUGGUCUUACUAUUUCUGCCUAUGACCAAAAGGUGACGUCAGGUGGGAUCAUGCCAAACAGUUCGGUGAGGGUUCAUCUGCCUAAAGAGUUGGAUCUGGGCAUAAAAAAUACAGUUGUGUUCUCCAUGAUUCAGCUUCCUGAAGAGGCUGUUUUGGAGCGCUCAGAUGAACUGUAUGAUCGUCGACUGAUUGGCCUGAGCGUGCGCUGCAAGACCAUUUCAGGACUUCAGGAACGAGUCAACAUCACCGAAACCCUGAAGCCAGAGUGUGUGUUCUUAAAUACUACAACACAAAAUUUUAGUGCGGAUGGCUGUGUUACCCUGUGGGAUCGUGGUCAGAGUCAUCUCACCUGUUCCUGUGACCAUCUCACAUACUUUGGCGUACUUCUGGUGUCUGCAGACGUCUCACCCAAAGACGCUGAGAUCUUGUCCUACAUCACCUACAUCGGCUGUGGUAUCUCUCUGCUUGCUCUGGUCGUCACUGUUUUUCUGUUCACAGUCAAUAGAAAACUCAGAGAAGAUGAUUCCAAGAAGAUCCACAUCAGCCUGGCAGUGGCUCUGAUCCUCCUCAACGUUCACUUCCUGUCCAGUGAGGCGGCGGCAGCAUCGUCCUCCAGUGAGCUUUGUGUCUAUGUGGCUCUUCUUCUUCACUACUCCCUGCUGGCCUCUUUCACCUGGAUGGCCUUGGAGGGCUUCCACCUCUACCUCCUCCUGGUCAAAGUCUUCAACGUCUACGUGAGGAGAUACCUGCUGAAGCUCAGCGUGGUGGGAUGGGGUCUUCCAGCGGUCAUUGUGUCUGUGGUGGUGAUCGUCAACAAAGACACAUAUGGUCGUACCUCUCUAAACUUGUCCAACCCCAAUGGAACAACAGUAUGCUACAUAACUGAAGACAAAGUGAAGAUGGGGACCACAGUUGGACUGUUCAGUUUCAUGUUCCUGUUCAAUCUGAUAAUGUUUGGAAUCACAGUGAAAUGGUUUGUGGACUCCCACAAUAGCAAAGUGCAUGGAUGGAGCAGUCUUAAAAAAGCCAAGCGAGAAAUUGUCACCCUGCUGUUGCUUGUGGUUCUGCUGGGCCUCACCUGGGGAGUGAUCUUCUUCUCGUUUGGUGACCUGACCACUCCUGCACUCUACGUCUUCUGCAUCUUAAACCCUCUGCAAGGAUUCUUCAUCUUCAUUUAUUUUGUGUUGUCUUUGAAAAAAACCAAAGACACAAGCUCUGAAAAACUUGAAAUCCACCAAAGAUCUGGGUGAUUUAUAAAUGACAUAAACAUAUAUAAAGUGAUAUUUACUACAGUUAAGCUAGCAUUUGGUAUAUUGUUAAAUAUUUAUGUUAAUAGUUUAAUAUUCUUAAUUUCCAUUUUUUGUGUGAUUAGUUUAUCAAUGAACUUCUGUACUGUGUUCUUUCUUUAUUUGUUUCAUGCGUAGCCCCUCUUGCAUUUUAAUGGCCUGAUGAGUAAUUAUCUAUAAUCUGGUGUGUCUGCAUUAGGUCAGCUAUGUUUUGUUUUGUUUGUCAAAUAAUUAGUUAAGAUCACUUUUUUAUCUCAUUAUUCAAUUUUUGUAAACAUAACUUUUUGGGUUAAAA